AUAGGAUCCGGGGGCGCAUCUGUUUUGGAAUUGGUCGACUGCGGUUUCCACCAAGCACCCGGAAUUCCACAGUUGUUGCUUAGCAGCUCAUCGUCCAACAGACCAGGGUCCGUCUUCCGGCCAAUGGCGUGGGCGCGCAUAAGCGAAACCCCUCAACCAUCAGCCGUCGUCUGCUCGGCCUGAUCAGCUGAGAGUGGCCUCGAUGAGAAUGACAACUCCUACCCGUACCAUUCUCCGCCGUUCAAACACCCAGCGCAAUGGGGGAUGACGGUAGCGGGUCAUCUCGCACUGGCGCCCGGUCAGAGCUGCACGGCACCGGCAUUCAACACUCGGGCUCCGGCAAUUUCAGCGCUCACAACAUCUACAUUGGAGCAACAUCCGACGCCGACGCCAAUUUCCUUAGGGAUCUACGAGUGACCGAUCCGCGCGAUGACAAGGCGCGUAUCGAGCGCACAAAGGGCGGUCUGCUGCGAGAUUCGUACCACUGGGUACUCGACCACGAUGACUUCCGCCGUUGGCGCGACAGCGAACAGAGCCGACUGCUCUGGAUCAAGGGCGACCCGGGCAAGGGCAAAACGAUGCUGCUCUGCGGUAUCGUCGACGAGCUGGAGAAGCUGCCCGCUCGCACGCUAUCCUGCUUCUUCUGUCAAGCGACUGAGCCACAUCUGAACAACGCGACGUCUGUGGUCCGCGGGCUCAUCUAUCAAAUCUUCGAUCAACAUCCUUAUCUUAUUGGGCGAGUACGGAAGAAGUACGAUCAUGCGGGAAAGUCUCUUUUUGAAGACACCAAUAGCUGGGACGCCCUGUCGAAGAUGCUGUUCAGCGUCUUGGGAGAGCUAAGCCUGCAGAAGACGUAUCUGGUCAUCGAUGCGCUCGACGAAUGCGAGGGAAACCUUAAUCAGCUUCUACACUUGAUCGUUCAAGUAUCAUCGUCGUCAUGCGCGAAGCUGAUCGUCUCCAGCCGCAACUGGCCAGACAUUGAGGAUGCCUUGGCCGAUGCUACGCAGAAGAUUCGGCUCUGCUUGGAGCUGAACGAAGAGUCGAUCUCAGCCGCCGUCGGUAAUUACAUAAAGUACAAGGUGGAUCAGCUGGUGCGGUCAAAGAAAUAUGACCGUGAAACACGAGAUGCUGUGCAGCAGCAUUUGACGUCAAACGCAAACGACACGUUCCUAUGGGUAGCAUUGGUCUGCCAAGAGCUUGCAGACCCGAAGGUCCGGAAAUGGCACACCCGCGGCAAGCUGCUCUCGUUCCCACCAGGGCUCGAUGCACUAUACGCGCGCAUGAUGGACCGCGUUUUCAACUCAGACGAUGCCGAUAUCUGCAGAGAGGUGCUCGGCCUCGUGUCGGUUACCCAUCGCCCGCUCAGCCUGGUGGAACUCGCCUCUUUUGCCGACUCGCUAGAAGACUAUGCUGAAGAUGCCGCCUCUCUGGAGGAGAUUGUCGCUACUUGUGGGUCUUUGCUGACUCUUCGAAAUGGGGUUGUCUACUUUGUGCAUCAGUCGGCCAAAGACUUUCUGCUCAAGAACGAAUCCAGGAUACACCCGGAUGGCGUAGCACGAGAACACCGUACUAUCGCCUUGAAAUCGAUCAAGGUUAUGUCGAGAACACUUCAACGUGACAUAUACAACCUGCGCGCCCCAGGAUUCUCUGUUAUAGAUGUCAAACCACUCGACCCUGAUCCACUCGCACCAGCUCGGUAUUCAUGUGUCUACUGGGUCUACCACUUCGCGGACGGGGCCCCUUCCGGACAAGAACAGGACAGCGGACUGGUUUAUGCUUUUCUGAAACAGCAUUAUCUUCACUGGCUGGAAGCACUCAGCCUUCUCGGUAGUAUAUCUGAGGGUAUCCUUCAGGUGUCCAAGUUGGCUCAUCUACCCGAGGCGUCAUUAGACUUACACACGCUUGCUUGGGAUGGGCUCCGAUUUAUUCGGACGCACAGAGAAAGCAUAGCAAACUAUCCCCUCCAGGUGUAUGCUUCCGCACUCAUUUUCACCCCCAUGCGUAGCUUCGUAAGGGAGCUGUUUCGUCAUGAGGAGCCUGCAUGGUUGGUGGUGAAGCCAGAUAUGGAAGAUGAGUGGAAUUCCUGCCUUCAAACUUUUGAGGGCCACAAGGACGUUGUCGCCUUAGUGGCCUUCUCAGGCAAUAGCAAACAGCUAGUUUCAGCAUCAGCUGACUGCACAAUUAAGACCUGGGACCUUACAACUGGCCAGUGUCUUCAGACACUAGAAGGCCAUACUGAGGCUGUUGACUUAGUUGCCUUCUCAGGUGAUAGCAAACAGCUAGUGUCAGCAUCAUAUGACUGCAUAGUUAAGAUCUGGGACCUUACAACUGGCCAGUGUCUUCAGACACUAGACGGCCAUACUGAGGCUGUCAACUCAGUUGCCUUCUUAGGUGAUAGCAAACAGCUAGUGUCAGCAUCAGAUGACUACACAAUUAAGACCUGGGACCUUACAACUGGCCAGUGUCUUCAGACACUAGAAGGUCAUACUGAUGCUGUCAGCUCAGUAGCCUUCUCAGGCAAUAGCAAACAGCUAGUGUUAGCAUCAUAUAACUACACAAUUAAGACCUGGGACCUUACAACUGGCCAGUGUCUUCAGACACUAGAAGGCCAUACUGCUGCUAUUAGCUUAGUAGCCUUCUUAGGUGAUAGCAAACAGCUAGUUUCAGCAUUAUAUGACUGCAUAAUUAAGACCUGGGACCUUACAACUGGCCAGUGUCUCCAGACACUUGAGGGCCAUACUGGUGUUGUUACGUUAUUCGCCUUCUCAGGUGAUAGUAUGCGACUGGCCUCUGCGUCGCAGGACAGCACAAUUAAGAUCUGGGAUAUAGCAGGCCAGUGUCUCCAAACACUCACAGGUCAUACUGGUGAUGUUACGUCAGUAGCCUUCUCAGGUGAUAGUAUACAACUGGCCUCUGGGUUGUGGGACAGCACAAUUAAGAUCUGGGAUACAACCGGCCAGUCUCUCCAGACACUCAAGGACCAUAGUGAUGAAGUCACCUUGAUAGUAUCUUCAUAUGAUGGUACACAGCUAGUUUCAGCAUCAUAUGACUGCACAAUUAAGACCUGGGACCUUGCAACAGGCCAGUGUCUUCAGACACUAGAGGGCCAUACUAAGGCUGUCGAAUCAGUAGCCUUCUCAGGUGACAGCAAGCAGCUAGCGUCAGUAGCGUGGGAUAGAACUGUUAAGGUCUGGGAUAUUGUAACCGGUCAGUGUCUCCAGACAGUGGGAUUACUUUCUUGGUGUGCGGAUGAGGAUGUACGCUUUUCAACAAGUGGCGCACAACUCUAUAUUGGGGAAGAGGUCAUCGACCUCAAAAGUCCAUGUACCACAAGCACCACGCAACAACCACUGGCGGCCGUUGCCGCCGAAACGCCUCAACUUCAUGGCUACAAAAUCAGCGAUGAUGGAGUGUGGAUUACAAGAAACUCUGUGGGUCUAUUGUGGCUACCAUCAGAGUACCGUUCGCAUCUUUCGUGGGAACGGGCUGUGGCAGGGUCUACGGUGGCCAUCGGCUGUAGAUCAGGUCGGGUAUUGUUGUUUCGUUUCUCCGAGAGUGAGCAGGGUAUUUAGGAAUAUCUCUCUCUUAUCUUUUUUCUAUAAGUUGACUUUGGAAUCUACGGCAGCUUGUUGGCAUUUCAACUUGUCGAGAUGCAAUAAUAAUAUGAGGGCCACUUUGAUUUCUCCUUAUAUCACCAAGUAGAA